AUGUCUGUCCGCUUAUAUCUAUCGAGAUUGUCAUGUUUAAGACAUUUCGUCCAUACUUCAAGAAAACUAAAAUUUCCGGUACAUAUCAAAAUGCCUUCUUUGUCCCCAACCAUGUCUGAGGGCUCAAUCGUCAACUGGAUUAAGAAUGAAGGAGAGCAGGUAGCUGCUGGAGAUAUCCUCUGCGAAGUUCAGACGGACAAAGCCGUUAUUGCAUUUGAAUCAGAGGAGGAAGGUGUACUUGCCAAAAUAUUGGCACCCACUGGCUCAUCAAAUAUCAAAGUCGGUGGUUUGAUUGCUGUGUUAGCCACUCCAGACGAGCAUUGGCAAGAGGUGGCUGCUUCCGCUGUAUUACUAUCACAGCCAUCGACAGCCGACAGUACUCCAAAGCAGUCAGAAAUAAACCGCACCAUCCAGGAACCACAGUCAUACCGCUUUUGUUCAAUGGGACCUGCGGUUCGUCUUCUGUUACAAUCACACGAUAUGGAUGGAUCUCAAAUAAUUCCUACAGGACCACAUGGUCAGUUGCUCAAAGGGGAUGUUUUGGCUUACAUAGCUAACAACCAAAUUAAACCUGUUGUAUCUAAUCAGGAAAAGCCAAUUAAUGAUAUCCCUGUUAUGCAAACUGUAUCGUCAGUAGCCACUUUCACAGAUAUCACGUCAUUGAAUAUGAGGAAUGCUUUUGCCCACCGUUUGUCGGAAUCAAAAUUGUCUGUCCCACAUCAAUAUAUUCGUGCAACUACUCGCAUUAAUCGUCUAAAUGAAUUAAGAACUGAACUGAAAGUGGAUUCGGAUAUAGAUUUUUCUAUAAAUGAUUUCAUCAUCAAAGCUUGUGCUUUAGGCUUAAGGCUUGUUCCAGAUCUGAACGCCAUUUAUGAUUCUCAAGCUGAAUCUGCCAUUUAUCUGAGAUCGGUCGAUUUAAGUAUGACAGUAGCAACUAAAUCAGGGUUACUUACGCCAGUUUUGCAUUCUGCAGAUACACUUAAUGUUUCUGAUAUUUCAAAGUUGUCUCAACAGUUGGUGCGGAAAGCACGAGAUGGUAUGUUACAACCACAUGAACUUGAAGGUGGGAGUUUCACAAUCUUUAAUCUUGGAAAUUACGAUAUUCGAGAGUUCACCACUAUUGUGAAUCAUCCUCAAGUCGCUAUUUUGGCUGUUGGGAGUGGUUUGCCAGAGGCUUGUAUCUCAACAUCAUAUACCGAAAAUGAAAUAACUUUUUUAACCAAUAUAACGCUAACAUUGUCAAUUGACUCACGAUGUGUAAGUGAAGUUGUUGCAAGUUCUUUCUUGAAGUACGUUUGUAGUUUGUUAGGAGACUAUCCGCAUCUUUUACUCGAUGGUGAUCCUGUUUCUUUGUCACUAAAGAGUAAUCAUACUUCCACUCAACAAGAUGAAUUUGAUAAUCUAAUGCUUUCAAAAGUGAAUACAGAUAUAAUUCAAACCUUAGUUUGA